CUCAAGAUUAGCGUGUAACGUCAUGUCAGUAUCAUACAUAUAUUGUGCGCUGAGAGGUGAUCUUGGCUUCCACUGUCUGUCUACGNNUUGAAGAUGACGAAGCUCAUGUUGAUGGCAUUCUUGUCCGUGAUGAUUUGUCCGUACUCCGAAUCCCGUGAUGAAGGCGAGGAACCUGUGCUUCCUCCUUUGCACCUGAACUGUACGCAGGCGUACCUCGGCAGAAUGUUCUCGACGGAAGAAGCCACAACGCAGCUUCUGAAGGAGGCUGUCGAGACGCUGGUUCAGGUUCGCGAUACCCUGAACGAGGUCAAUACGAAGAUACGAGGAAGCACUGAUAUGAAGCCUGAUGGUGCCGCUUGCCAGCCUCCUUUCACCCAAGUAGGGGAACUCUGUCUCCUGCUGGCCCUUCAGGAGCAACACACCUGGGUCGCAGCACGACAGUUCUGCGCGGGAUACGGGGCCGACCUGGCUCACUUCUCGGACGCUAACACCUUUGCCGCCGUCCUCGGUUACGUCAACACCAUCAACUUCCAGAGGAAAAACAUCAACAUCUGGAUCGGCGGAACAGACGAGGCCGUUGAGGACACUUGGCUCUGGGUCACCGGGGAGCUGAUGCCGCGGGGGCCGCCCUUCUGGGGGACCGCCGAUGGAUAUGCUCUACAGCCGAAUGCAGGCACCAGCCAAAACUGCGCAGUCCUUUGGAAAGCUGACUAUUACUACAUGCACGACCUUCCAUGUACACACAAGUGCGCGCCACUCUGCCAGAAAUAAGGAAAAAAAAAACAAAAACUGAUCAUGUUUCAUAAUCUUUUGUAAAUUCUCAUGUGAUGGAUGUAAAUAUUAUAUUGAAUUUGUUUACUACA